AAGAAGAUUUUCUAGCACCGGAAGUGUACUUGAAAGUUGUGCACUUCUUCCUCCUCCUCUCGCAGUUUGUUUCAUCAGCCACGAGUUUCCACAUCCUGCCGUCAAACGAGUUUCGCUCCGGUGUUUCUGAAAGAUGGGAGACCCCAUAACUGUGUACACAGCCCGACUGCAACAGCAGGAGCAGGAGAUCCAGAGACUCUCUGCCGAGAUUGAGAGUCUAAAAAACCCACAGAACCUGAACUCCUCUUCACAUUUGGAUGAGCUUCGAGAGGAAAACGCCAGGCUGAAGUACCGCCUCAACAUCCUGAAGAGGGGCCUGGAGGAGGAGUCAACUCACUGCAGUCAGUUCAUGAUGAACAUCAACCGGCGGCUCCAGGAGAUUUUCGGCAAAGCCAUCCGGGCUUCCUGUCCCGAGCUGGACAACCCUCCUCUGGCUGUCACGCCCAACCAGCAGGCCAAGUUUGGAGACUACCAGUGCAACAGUGCCAUGGCUAUGGCCCAGAUGUUGAAGGCGAAGGGAGUUAAAGUUAACCCGAGGGAAAUCGCAGAGAAGAUCAUCCAGAACCUUCCAGACAACGAACUCAUCCAGAAAACUGAAAUUGCAGGACCAGGGUUCAUCAACAUCCACCUGAAGAGAUCAUUUGUGUCCAAACUGUUGAGCAACCUGCUAAUCAACGGAGUGAAGCUUCCCCCACUGUCCUCCAGGACGAAGGUGGUGGUGGACUUCUCUGCUCCCAACAUUGCCAAAGAGAUGCAUGUGGGCCAUCUGCGCUCCACCAUCAUUGGGGAAAGCACGUGUCGUCUCUUUGAGUUUCUGGGCUACGAUGUUGUCAGGUUGAAUCACGUGGGAGACUGGGGGACCCAGUUUGGGAUGCUGAUUGCCCACCUGCAGGACAAAUUCCCAGACUACCUGACUGUCUCCCCGCCCAUCAGUGACCUGCAGGCCUUCUACAAAGAGUCAAAGAAGCGUUUUGACGAGGACGAGGCCUUCAAGAAGCGAGCGUAUCAGUGCGUCGUCAAACUGCAGAGCAAAGACCCCAGCUUCCUGAAAGGCUGGAAUCUCAUCUGUGACGUUUCCCGCAAAGAGUUUGAGAAGAUUUACAAGUGCCUGGACAUCACGAUAAUCGAGAGAGGAGAGUCGUUCUACCAGGACAUGAUGGCAGAGGUGGUGAAGGAGUUCGAGGAACGAGGCUUUGUGCAGAUGGAUGAGGGCCGUAAGAUCGUCUUUGCGCCAGGUCUGUCCCUCCCGCUCACCAUUGUCAAGUCCGAUGGCGGCUACACCUACGACACGUCGGACCUCGCAGCCAUCCACCAUCGACUCUUUGAGGAGAAGGCUGACAUGAUCAUCUACGUCACUGAUAGUGGACAGGGCUCGCACUUCGAAGUGGUGUUCGCUGCGGCUCAGAUGAUUGGCUGGUACGACCCUCAGGUGACCCGGGUGGAGCACGCAGGCUUCGGCGUGGUGCUGGGAGAAGACAAGAAGAAGUUUAAGACCCGCUCAGGAGACACAGUGAGGCUGAUGGACCUGCUGGAGGAGGGACUGAAGAGGUCCAUGGACAAACUGAUAGAGAAGGGGAGAGACAAGGUCCUGACCGCCGAGGAGCUGACCAAAGCCCAGAGGUCCGUCGCUUUUGGCUGCAUCAAAUACGCCGACCUCUCGCACAACCGCAUCAACGACUACGUCUUCUCGUUCGACAAGAUGCUGGACGACCGGGGCAACACGGCGGCGUACCUCCUGUACGCCUUCACCCGCAUCAGGUCCAUCGCUCGCCUGGCUAACAUCGACGAGGCCACCCUGAAGAAGGCGGCGGACACCACCGAGGUCCUCCUGGACCACGAGAAGGAGUGGAAGCUGGGCAAGUGCAUCCUCCGCUUCCCAGAGAUCCUGCAGAGGGUCCUGGACGACCUGCUGCUCCACACGCUCUGCGACUACGUGUACGAGCUGGCCACCACCUUCACCGAGUUCUACGACAGCUGCUACUGCGUGGAGAAGGACAGACAGACAGGUGAGGUGGUUAAGGUCAACAUGUGGAGGAUGCUGCUGUGUGAGGCCACAGCGACCAUCAUGGCCAAAUGCUUUGACAUCCUGGGCAUCGAACCCGUGGAGAAGAUGUGAUGUCACGGCGGUCCACCCCGCCCUCCGUCUUCGUCCCUCUGCAUCCAGAAUCCGGAACGGGAUGGAAGUUUCAGUCAUGCCACAUCCAAAACUGUCUGGACUUUUAGGUACUCAUUUCCACAGUAUUUACAUCCAACCUGGAGGAAAACCGCCAUUAAUUAACAUCUCAUAUGAAGCUUCUUUUUUAUUAAAGAGCCAAUAAGAAACCACAACA